AUGCCACCUGAGACAAGUGAUAGUGGUCUUCUGCAUGGCUUUACAAGCUCCGGCACUCCGACACUACCACGAUGUAGCGGAUCAUUCACACUACCAAAGUCAUCAAGUCAUAACGACAUCAACCAGUCCGAUUCAUCUGUCCGAGCAAUCGGACACCGCACUGUUGAAGCGCCUGAAAUGCGAAAAUCAGGGGCUAUUGACAGCUUUUGGAGUCAAACGGUUAACAGCCGACCAUUGUCCCCAACGGUCCAGCGAAUUCCGGGUAAUCUGACAGCUGCAGAACGCCUGCAGAUGCUGCAGGACUCACAUUCGAAGUCAAACAUAGUGAAUAAGCCAGGAAAUGGUAUUCAGUUGGCGGCACGACGUGAGCAUUACUUACACGAAGCUUCCUCGACCUCUGCCUACAUCCCACCGCAUCGAGAGACAACUAAACGAACAGGCACACCACACGUCACGUAUCGUGGUCCAUCACCUAAUUUCUCUGAUUUAGACAAUGCUGUUAAUGAGCUUCAGUGUGGUGUUCGUAAUACCGGCUACCCGAGUAGUGCCAGGCGACUUGGUGGAUGCGCUCGUUUCCCGACUGAUGAUCAUGCUCUCAGUCCUCCCCGCGGAAAUACAGCCAUGAUAUCUAGGCGCGUGAAUUCUCCCAGCCCGACUGAUUCGAAUAGUGAGACUUCAUCGGUGUACCAAAUUCCUACCGGCUUACCUCAUCCAAAGCCUAAGCACAACAUUAAAGAACAAUUAUCAAACGCUGGUGUGCCAACAUUCACCUUUUAUCGCACAGGCUCACGUGUCAGUCCGAAUUUUCCAGUUCCUACCACUGGUAGCGUAGCAUCGCGGAUAACGGAAUUCGAAAAACGUCCUGGUACUCCUAUUCUGCAGAUCGCCGGUGCACCACGUCAAGAGAAAAGCCCAGUGGCUAAUGGGCCAAUGAGUCCCAAAUCGACUGUGUAUAAAAGCAAGCCAGUAAUCCAAAUUGAGACGGGAUCACGAAGUCCGCGCAGCAUCAACAAUGGUUCAACAGCCUUCGAGUUUCCUCCAAACAGCGUAAGGUUAUAA